CUCCCCUCCCCCUCUUCCUUAUCUCUUUUUCUAACCUUUUGCAUUUUUUUUUAGUCUCAUUUCCUGUCGGGUUUUGCAUUCCCCUCCCCCCUUCCAGCCUGUGACACACUUUCUCUCCUUUUUUCUCUCUUUUGCCUCCUUUGGCCUCCGGACUGCUGCCCGUGUGGCGCGCGGCCCCCUACCGGCCCUGCAGCCCCUGGGUCGGCUGCGCCCCUCGGACGGUCCGGGCGGUGGGGACCGAGGGCCGCGGCCCCGAGGGGAAGACGGCGGCCUGCGCGGAGCCUGAGCGGCCCAGAUCCUGCCCGUCAGACCUCCACAUCCGGAAGGAAACUGGCUCAGGGAAGGACCAGCCCCAGCCAGAAGGAGUAAAAGGAGUAAAAGUCACCUCCUGUCCAUUGGGCGCCGACUCUAUGCCAGGAGGGGCGCCAGAGAUGGAUGACUAUAUGCAGACACUGAAGGAUGAAGAGGAUGCCCUGUGGGAGAAUGUGGAGUGCAACCGGCACAUGCUGAGUCGCUACAUCAACCCAGCCAAGCUCACCCCCUACCUGCGCCAGUGCAAGGUCAUUGAUGAACAAGAUGAAGAUGAAGUGCUUAAUGCUCCCAUGCUGCCGUCCAAGAUCAACCGGGCAGGCCGACUGCUGGACAUUCUACAUACGAAGGGGCAGAGGGGCUACGUGGCCUUCUUGGAGAGUCUGGAAUUUUACUACCCAGAAUUGUACAAACUGGUGACUGGAAAGGAACCCACUCGUAGAUUCUCCACCAUUGUGGUGGAGGAGGGCCACGAGGGCCUCACGCACUUCCUGAUGAACGAGGUCAUCAAGUUGCAGCAGCAGAUGAAGGCCAAGGACCUGCAGCGGUGUGAGCUGCUGGCCAAGUCACGACAGCUGGAGGACGACAGGAAGCAGCUGACGCUGACACAGGUGGAGCUGCUGACCUUCCGGGACCGGUACUACAAGAUGAAGGAGGAGCGGGACAGCUACAACGACGAGCUGGUCAAGGUGAAGGAUGACAACUACAACUUGGCCAUGCGCUACGCCCAGCUCAGCGAAGAGAAAAACAUGGCGGUCAUGCGGAGCCGGGACCUCCAGCUCGAGAUCGACCAGCUCAAGCACCGAUUGAAUAAGAUGGAGGAGGAAUGCAAGCUGGAGAGGAAUCAGUCGCUGAAACUAAAGAACGACAUCGAGAACCGGCCCAAGAAGGAGCAAGUUCUGGAGCUGGAGCGGGAGAAUGAAAUGCUGAAGACCAAAAUCCAGGAGCUGCAGUCCAUCAUCCAGGCCGGGAAGCGCAGCCUGCCGGACUCGGACAAGGCCAUCCUGGACAUCCUGGAGCAUGACCGCAAGGAGGCCCUGGAGGACCGGCAGGAGCUCGUCAACAAGAUCUACAACCUGCAGGAGGAGGUCCGCCAGGCGGAGGAACUGAGGGACAAGUACCUGGAGGAGAAGGAGGACCUGCAGCUGAAGUGCUCGACCCUGGGGAAGGACUGCGAGAUGUACAAGCACCGCAUGAACACCCUCAUGCUGCAGCUGGAGGAGGUGGAGCGGGAGCGCGACCAGGCCUUCCAUUCCCGGGACGAGGCGCAGACCCAGUACUCCCAGUGCUUAAUCGAAAAGGACAAGUACAGGAAACAGAUCCGCGAGCUGGAGGAGAAGAACGACGAGAUGAGGAUUGAGAUGGUCCGGCGGGAAGCCUGCAUCGUGAACCUGGAGAGCAAACUCCGGCGCCUCUCCAGGGACAGUGGCGGCCUCGAGCAGAGUUUGCCCAGGAACCUGCCAGUGACCAUCAUCUCUCAGAACUUUGGGGACACCAGCCCCAGGACCAACGGUCAGGAGGCUGACGAUUCUUCAACCUCAGAGGAUUCGCCAGAGGACAGCCGCUACUUCCUGCCCUACCACCCGCCCAAGCGCAGGAUGAACCUGAAAGGCAUCCAGCUGCAGAGAGCCAAAUCCCCCAUCAGCCUGAAGCGAACAUCAGAUUUUCAAGGGAGGGGACACGAAGAAGACGUGACGGACGCCAGCCCCAGCUCCUCCGGGUCGCUGCCCAUCACCACCUCCUUCUCCAAGAUGCAGCCCCAUCGAAGCCGUUCCAGCAUCAUGUCAAUCACGGCCGAGCCCCCAGGGAACGACUCCAUCGUCAGACGCUCUAAGGAGGAUGCGCCUCAUCGGAGCACAGUUGAAGACGACAAUGACAGCGGUGGCUUCGAUGCCUUAGAUCUUGACGAUGACAGCCACGAGCGGUUCCCCUUCGGACCCCCCUCCACCCAUUCCUCCUCUUCCUCGCACCAGUCUGAGGGCCUGGACGCCUACGACCUGGAGCAGGUCAACCUCAUGUUUAGGAAGUUCUCUCUAGAAAGACCCUUCCGGCCGUCUGUCACGUCCCUGGGGCACGUGCGGGGCCCCGGGCCCGCGGUGCAGCACACCACGCUGAGCGGCGACAGCCUCAUCUCCCAGCUCACGCUGCUUGGGGGCAACGCGCGCGGGAGCUUCGUCCACGCGGUCAAGCCAGGCUCCCUGGCCGAGAAGGCCGGCCUCCGCGAGGGCCACCAGCUGCUGCUGCUAGAAGGCUGCGUCAAAGGCGAGAAGCAGAGCGUCCCCUUGGAGACGUGCACGAAGGAGGAGGUGCACUGGACCGUCCAGAGGUGCAGUGGGCCCGUCACACUGCACUACAAGGUCAACCAGGAAGGGUACCGGAAGCUGCUGAAGGACAUGGAGGAGGGCCUGAUCACGUCGGGGGACUCCUUCUACAUCCGGCUCAACCUGAACAUCUCCAGCCAGCUGGACGCCUGCUCCAUGUCCCUGAAGUGCGAUGACGUCGUGCACGUCCGUGACACCAUGUACCAGGACAAGCACGAGUGGCUGUGUGCGCGGGUCGACCCCUUCACGGACCACGACCUGGACACGGGCACCAUCCCCAGCUACAGCCGAGCCCAGCAGCUCCUCCUGGUCAAGCUGCAGCGCCUGAUGCACCGGGGCAGCCGGGAGGAGGUGGACACGGCCCACCACACCCUGAGGGCCCUCCGGAACACCCUGCAGCCCGAAGAACCACUUCCCGCUGCGGACCCCCGGGUCAGCCCCCGCCUCUCACGAGCGAGUUUCCUUUUCGGCCAGCUCCUUCAGUUCGUCAGCAGGUCGGAGAACAAGUACAAAAGGAUGAACAGCCACGAGCGCGUGCGCAUCGUCGCGGGGAGCCCGCGGGGGAGCCUGGCCCGGUCCUCGCUGGACGCCACGAAGUUCCUGACCGAGAAGCAGGAAGAGCUGGACCCCGAGAGCGAGCUGGGCAAGAACCUCAGCCUGAUCCCCUACAGCCUGGUGCGCGCCUUCUACUGCGAGCGCCGCCGGCCCGUCCUCUUCACGCCCACCAUGCUGGCCAAGGCGCUGGUGCAGAAGCUGCUCAACUCGGGGGGCGCGAUGGAGUUCACCAUGUGCAAGCCGGAUGUUGUCACGAGAGACGAGUUCCUCAGAAAGCAGAAGACAGAGACCAUCAUCUACUCCCGAGAGAAGAACCCCAACUCCUUUGAAUGUGUCGUUCCCGCCCACAUCGAGGCUGUGGCAGCCAAGAACAAGCACUGUCUGCUGGAGGCCGGGAUCAGCUGCACCAGGGACCUGAUCAAGUCCCGCAUCUACCCCAUCGUGCUCUUCAUCCGGGUGUCGGAGAAGAACAUCAAGAAGUUCAGGAAGAUGCUGUCCCGGCCGGAGACCGAGGAGGAGUUCCUGCGCCUGUGUCGGCUGAAGGAGAAGGAGCUGGAGGCCCUGCCGUGCCUCUACGCCAGCGUGGAGGCGGACAUGUGGGGCAGCGUGGAGGAGCUGCUCCGCGUCAUCAAAGACAAGAUCGGGGACGAGCAGCGCAAGACCGUCUGGGUGGACGAGGACCAGCUGUGAGGCGGGGGCACCGCUGAGUCCCAACGGGACUCGGGAGGGGGGUCCGAAUCCCGCGGGGCCACGCCGAGGGGCGAGGGGCGUCCUGCUGCCUAGACGGCCUGGGGGCUCAGUCCUCCCGUUGAGGGAGAAGGGAGACCUUCCAGGGAGCCCCCCGGGGGCAGAUGCUGGUCGGGAGGGAGCAGGGAGCGGUCCACUCCACCGAGGGCUGACCUGCUGAGUCGGCCAGCCCUGCAGGCGUGAGUCGGGAGACAGGACCCCACGAAGGACACAGAGCCAGGUCGGAGGCCAGCGGCCCCUGGAAGCCGGAACAGCAGUUGAAUGUCACGCGUGGAAUAGGUGUGCUGCCCGUAGGGAGGGGACCUGAAAGCCAGGCAUCCCCCAGCCCUCGGGACACAGGAUAUGCGCAUUCCCAGGCAGAGGGGGAGGGGUGCCCUGCUGUUGUUUCUCGUGCAUUAAAAUUUCUCCAAUUCCUUGUUUUCAACCAAUUGUUUAAUAGUUUGCAGAGGCUCUCAGCUCUUGCACCCUUCCUCAUCUACAAACCCCUCCCAGCGAGCUCAGUUCAGGCCCCGUGUCAUACGCAGGGUGAAGGUAGGGUGACCGUGCGUCCCAGUUUUCCCAGGACAGGCCUGAUUUACAGCUGAUUUACAGCACCCGCUCUAAGAUGCUUCCUGAUUUGGACGAUAAAUUGUAUCGUCACCCUGGGAAGGGCCCCCCACCCACCUUUCAUAGGCUGCCGGGAAGGUCUCACUGCCUACACCCCUGCAUCCCCUGGCGGCAGCCGCAGGCUAGGCCCUCCUGACCCAGCUCCCCCGCACGUGUGCUCCGGCUCUCUGUGCAGGUAGCAUCCUACGUGAUGCAGCCUCGCUCCAUCUUUCAGUUCAGGAAGCAGCACGUGGUCCAAGGCCCUCCGGUGGGCUUACUGCCCACGGCCCAGGAGCCACACUCCCUCCACAGCAGACAGCAAAGGCUUUAUGGGCUCCAGAACCAUUCUUCUUCUUGACCCUCUCAAUGCAAACUUCCUGAGUACAGACCCGACAGGCACAGCCAAACCGGGCCAGCUCCAGCCUGGCACAGUGGCGAGUACUCAUUCAGCAGCCGGUAGGUGGCAGGCUGGGGUUCAGACCUAGGUCUGUGUGUUCAUGGGAGUUGUGGGAGCGACUGCUCGUUGGUAAUCCACGUCUACACUGCCUUUCUCACCAACCGAAUCCUGGUUUUCUCCUGGGAAACCACGCGCACAGCUAAAAGACCAUAGUCCCCAGCCUCCCUGGCAGCAAGAGUGAUCGAAGAAAUGGAAGGCAAGGUCCAGGGUAGAGACAAAGCAGACAAACAGCCCUUCCUCCCGUUUCCUGCCGAAAAUACAGACGUGAUGGCUGGAUCUCCUGCAGUCAUUUUGGAUCUUGAGGUGCCCUUGAAGAGGGAAACCCUGCACGGAGGAUGGUGGAACAGAAAGCCAGAGUCACUGAUGACACUUUGCAGCCCGGCACUGGCGCUGGGGUUUCUUUUACAUGAGGUUGAAAUCAAUUUUUAUCUUGUAUUAAAUGGUUGUUAUUUUGGUUCUCA